AUGGAUUAUGAAGCUACUGUGAAGUACUUGAAGUGCCUUUUCCCGAAAGUUUCCGACGAAGAACUCUGUUGGGCUUACAUCGAAUCGGAAGGAAACAUAGAUCGAGCAGCAGGCCUAAUUCUGGAUGGCCAGAACCUCUAUGAAAAAACUUCUGUGAAACUGCAAAGAGCACAAGAUGCUCUUCAUCGUCAUGAAACUUACGAGGCUAAGGAGUGCUCAGCCAACCAAGCCAAGGGUUCCUCAUCUGGUGGCAGUUCUGUCUAUGAAGACGUCCCAGAAGCACCAGCACGUUUUGAGAAGUUGAAGAAAUCGCCGACUAGCGAUACCUCCUCGUAUCACUCGCUACCUUACGGAGAUACGAGUUCUGGAUGUUCUGCAAAACACUUUGCGAAUGAACUGAAAUUUUUUGAAGAUCUUCCGAAGGCUCCACAAAACAAACCAUCGGCCCCUUCCUCAUUGCCAGAUCUAGCUUCCGACGGAUCAGACUCGUAUACGGAUGUUACGUCGAGACAUUCGUCCGAAGGAGCAGACAAUUCACUUACGACAGUCGAAUCUACAAUUUCUGCCUCGACACCAUCGUACGCCUGUAAUGAAGCUCGAGCAAAGACCUCCGAAUAUCGUCGAAAAGGCGAUCUCGACUUGACUAUGAAAUUUACUGUGCCGAAAGCGGUUGGGCCCACCACUGUAGUUGGAGGAAUGCUUGCUCGAGUCUUGAUUCAGAGCGGAUGCCACCAAUUUGAACUAAGAAGGGUAGAUGCCACACCGCGAGCCGAUUACGAAGAGCAAGCAAGCGAGUACAGCUACAAUAUUACGUUGUCCCCGGAAGGGGAAGAAGAACAUGACGAAAUGAUUGUGCGUUUUACUGAAAAAUUCUGCUACUUUGUUGCCGGAGGAUUUCAUGAUCAAAUUUUGGCUGAAUUUCCUGGCAUCAAGCUUAUAUUUGGUGAAGUUAGGCCACAACACAACAAUGUGACACUGACAAGCAUGGCCAUUGGCAGUAUGCCAAAUCAAGGACUUUUCUUUUUACCAAACAAGAAUGAUCGAGUGCUUGCAGAAGAGAAAAUGGACGGGCUAAGAUUUGCUGCUUACAAAAUAAGCUUGCCAUAUGCCGCCAUUGUGCAGAUUAUUGUCGACGUUGGGGAUUCCCACAAUAAUACUCUGUAUUUGAAACUCAAGUAUCCCCCGCAGGUUUGGCAAGCAGUACCCCGUACACAACAGUGUCGCAGUCGAAACAGACGAGUUGUCAAUAUGGAGCAAUGUAAGGAAUGGGUUCGCGUUCUAAAAUGGCCAGGUGACGAGCGUUCAACUGGAUGUUCAAACGAAGCUUUAGCGGACUGUCUCUGCUUGCGCGUAACGCUGCCAAAAAAGAACGAAGACGGAAAUGAUGUGAAUGGAUGCAGUAACCUUGAAGCCUUACUUUCCCGUGGUGCCGUAGUUUCUGAUCAACUUCUUGCUGACGAAGGCAGAGAAAAGGGAAAAGCCGAAUCAGUGGAUAACCACCUAUUUUUUGAAAAAGUGCGAUGGUCUAUGAAGGAAUGUAGCCGAGCAUGUGAGGAAGCUCUUGAGAAUCUUCUUUGUGCUAUAGACGAACGACGAGUAAUGGAUUUAGUGCGAGCCUUUCAUAAGAUGUACACGGUUCGAGUAAAUGCAAUGAAACGCUACCAGCAUGGAGAUUUACGAGACUUAAAGCGAACUUUGCCGAGAAACUGCGUACUAGUUCGUAAGGUGAUGGUGACACCUCUUCGUACAUUAUUCAUGGCUCCAGAAGUAAUGAUGACUAAUCGCGUUGUACGUCGCUUUGGAGAAGAGAAUGCUUUACGAUGCGUUUUUCGAGACGAUUCUGGUGCACGACUGAUUGUCAAAGAUUUCGUGCAGGGGCCUUGCUAUGAUCAGCAGUCGUCUAUCGUGGCCAACAUCGUUCAACGAACGCUUUCGCAUGGUGUUGAGAUCAACAACAGACAUUAUCAUUUUCUUGCAUGGAGUAAUUCGCAGAUGCGCGAUCAUGGCUGUUAUAUGUAUGCUUCUAUGCAACGUCGUAACGGAGACUCAGCAAUGACUGUGGAAGAAAUGCGAGAAUGGAUGGGUGACUUUAGUAGCAGCAAAAAUGUCCCGAAACUCAUGAGUCGAAUGGGACAGUGUUUUACACAAGCUCAACCUACCGUUACUAUCAAGCCUAACGAGUGGUGCAUCGAAAAAGACGUAGAAGGAGGAGCUGGUCAUCCUGAAACACAUGAACCCUAUUGUUUCUCCGAUGGAUGCGGCAGAAUUUCUCCAUCACUUGCGCGGCGAGUAGCUCUUACGCUUCAACUUGACAUUGUACGAUUCAAAGGUUUCAAAGGAGUUCUAGCGAUAGAUCCUUGCCUAGACUUGUCAAAUCAGGGUUUAAAAUUAGUUUUCAGGAAGAGUCAAAUGAAGUUCAAGGAACGUUGCGAUGAUCAAAUGAACAAUGUGCUUGAGGUAAAACACACUCAAAAUAUCGAUUUUAGACCCGUAAUGAUCACGAAGAAUCCAUGUCAUGUAGCCGGAGAUGUGAGGAUGUUUACGGCCGUUUAUCAACCAGCAUUGGCACAUCUCUUCGAUGUGGUUGUGUUUCCCCGACACGGACCCCGCCCACAUCCGGACGAGAUGGCUGGUAGCGAUUUGGAUGGCGAUGAGUAUUCUGUGAUAUUCGACCCAGACAUCCAUUUUGAUCACAACGAGGAAGCCAUGACGUUCCCAAAAAGCACCCCGGAUGACUUUGAAUCAACUGACGAUAUGGUCGACUUCUUCCUGAAAUACCUCAGACAGGACUCCAUAGGCAGAAUGAGCAACGCACAUUUGAUUCUUGCGGAUCGAAAAGGACUGUUUGAUGAAGUUUGCAAUGGAAUAGCUCGAAAAUGUGCAAUUGCUGUGGAUUUCCCAAAAAGUGGCGAACCAGCUGAGCCGUUGACAGUUCAUGAACAAAGCGAUAUCGUACCAGAUUACAUGUUCUCGGUAGUGAAGCCAAUGUAUCGAAGUCCACGCCUCAACGGACAAAUCUACAGGAAGGCCAAGAAAGUCGAAGAAGUGUUGGAUAUGGCUGAACUUACGACCAGCGUUUUUGAGCAAGAUGUGGAUCAGAUACUCUGUCCACCAGGAUUUGACCCUUUCCGUGGAGACGAAUCUGCGCGCAUGCAAGUUCGUCGACUUCGAGAUGAAUAUGCUGCUAAAAUGCAACAACUUCUGGACGAAUAUGGUGUCUCAGACGAGGCAUCGAUUGUCUCUGGCCACAUUGUAAGCUUGAAAAGGCUUGCCACAAUGGAACGUGAUGAUUACUCCUUCUACCAUACGGACAGGAUUGUAGAACUACGCUAUACCAGAAUAUACCAUCAUUUACAAAGUAACUCUCAAUCGGCCAUAAUUUCCUCUGCUCAGGAAUUUGGUGGAGAAACUGCUGUGUAUCAGCGGGAUCCUUCCGGGAAAGCAAGUCUUCGAAGUGACGAGAAUAUGGAAAUGAAAGCACUGCAGUGGUAUAAAGUUUGUUACGAUGAGGAUCCACGCUUCCGGCCAUCAUCUCCUUCUCUCAGUUUUCCAUGGGUGGUUUGGGAUGUACUGUGCUCGUAUAAAAGGAACAAGAUGCUCGCGCAAGGUGCCACUGCCCCUUCAACACACCCUCUUGCUGAUCGCUUUUCGAUCGAAAUUCAAAGUGAUAUUGAGAAAAACAUCGACGAAUACGAAGUUUUCUGCGUUGACAUCUGUGAAGAAUGCGAAUUUGUGCAAAGAUAUAACAUCGCAUACGGACCUCGGCUCAUGUACAUACUUUUCGUCCUGGAAAGAUGGCUAACAGCUGAACUUUUCCGCUUUUGUCGCCUGACCAUGGAGCACGUGGCGUUGCUUUUCCUUCAGUUUGGAUUGGGUAUCGCCAAGCUUCCCAGCGAUAUCUCGGAAGCAAGCAGAAUACGGUUGUUCCCUUACAAGCUGAUGUGGGACGAAAAGAUUGAGAAGAUCAACCACAGUGUCAGCGACUGUGGUCUUGCACUCAUUUUCUUCCUACGGUAUCUUGCUAGCCAGCAAUUUUCGAUGAACCAUUACUUGGAUUUGAGUUUGCGGGAUGGCCGACCAACACCAUAUCCAAUUCUACUGAGGCAACCGUUUUGGGAACCUUUGCACCAGUUAGCAUUCCGAACUUACCAUUAUAUCGCUGUGUCUGGUCGCUUUGAUGCUAUUUAUGUUGGCGAAAGGAUCGAGGAUUGGAGCGAAAGCGAGUCCAGGGAUCCCAUUAUCGUGUCAAGCAGCUUACUAAGGCAAAAUUACGGUGAAAGCCCAUUGUCAGCGCAUCGGAUACUAGACUUAUUACAGGAAUGGACUGGAGUCUCACAGAUCUUCACUCGCAAUCUGUACCAGAAUCGUCGCAAUGAUGUGAUUCUGAUCACCAGCGUUGGUACAGCCACUGCACGACAACGUUUGGCUCGUCUUCUUUUGCUUCCGAUUGAUCAGCUACGACGUGCCAUUCGUGAUGAAGUGAUGCCAGCAUCUAUUCGCGACGAGUCGCUUUAGGAUGCUAUAAGCUAUAUUUUGUUUUUUCCUGUCUUUACGAGAAUUUUUGAAAUAGAGUACAAAGAUUAAAAUUAAUUUUGUACAACCU